UUGGAACCUAACAAAUAUCUGCUGUUCACGAAGAGAAAAAUAUUUAUAGAAAAUUUUUCAGAUAUAAACAGUGGACUAAUUCUUAAUGGAAUUUUCUUUAUCAGUUGUUUUCUUUUUAAUAAAAAUAAUUAUGGGAUUUUAAAAUUAUUUAAAAUUAAUUACUAUACUAUUUAUUAUAAAAAUAAUUAA